AUGCGCGUUUCGAAGCCAGAAGCGCUGGAGAAAUUCUUCCGAAGUGUCCUCAGGCGAGCCGUUUCCACCGAAGAGGUUUCUUUCUCACUCUGUUUCCCUCCCAGCGGAAUUGGACUGGCUCGGGCCCAUUUCGAGAAGCAGCCGCCUUCCAACUUGCGGAAGUCCAACUUCUUCCACUUCGUCUUGGCCAUGUACGACCGGCACGGGCAGCCGGUGGAGAUCGAGAGGACGUCCUUCAUUGACUUCGUGGAAAAGGACAGAGAGCAGAACGGAGAGAAGACCAACAAUGGGAUCCAUUACAGGCUGCAGCUGCUGUACAGUAACGGGCUUCGGACAGAGCAGGACCUCUACGUUCGGCUGAUCGACUCCAUGUCCAAGCAGGCCAUCAUCUACGAAGGGCAGGACAAGAACCCGGAGAUGUGCCGUGUGCUUCUGACGCACGAGAUCAUGUGCAGGUGAGCUCUUCUGGG